ACAUGGCAGACAUGGACAAUGCAGCUAGUCGCCUGGCCAGUCAAGUGUGCAGUGUUGGCAGUGUUUGUCCAGCAGUCCAACCUUCGAGAAAUCCGGACCCAACACAAGUCCGCCAAUCUCCCGAGGGCUGGGUACACACCUUUUGCUCUAAAUACGCUGAUCCCCCUGCAUUUCUCACGUGUUGCUCUCUAAACCGUACUUGAGCACGAGGUCAGCUUGUUGCUGAUACUCUUGUCGCUUGUCACCGAUAUUGAAGCUUCAAAUCGAUCGACGUGUAGGGGUUGGCAACCAGCCCUGUCAGACCUUCCGGACUCGCUUCGUCCGACCUCAUUGUUGUCUUGGCCCCAAGCUUCAUUCCCUGUGCCGUCAUUGCGUUUAGAUGCACGCACCUCCGCUCGGCCAUUUUGCUUCGUUGCUACCACCCGUCCACCCGUUCCCCUCUUGACCUUUCCAGCAACCGACUUCUGCACAUGGCCGACAUCAUGAUGACUACUCCCAUGGCUGACGAUGUCUCACGGUAUGCACGCCCCGCAAGGGAGUCGCUGAGUUCUGAGGAUUUUGAGACGGCGUCCAUCCGCUCGGCCGCUCCGUCGUACACCUCCGACGCUCCCUCCUACCACUCAACCAACCCACACCCCGACCCCCUCCCGCCCUACUCGCCACCAGCCCGCUCAACCCCUCCAACAACAACCACAACAACAACCCGCCAAAACAGCAGCGUCUCCUCCCUCCUUGACCCAGUGCCUUCCCCAUCCUCCUCCUCCACCACCACGACCGCCCCGCGGCGCUACGGCCUCCCCCCCGUUCCCACCGGCCCACCACCCCAGGACUUCCCCUCCCUCUCGCAAUUCCGCAUUCCGCCCUGGUCCACCGCCAACUCAACAUCCAACCCGACAGCCCGCAUCUACCACAACGUCGCCCUUCGGCGCGCCGCCAGCGUGGCCAGCAGCAGCAGCAGCUCAACCGCCAACCUAGAUGGGCUGAUGCGGCGGGUGAUGCUGGAGCGGAUUGAGGAGGAGGAGCGGUACCAUAACAGCCAGCAGCAGCGGGUGCGGCCGCUGGAAGAUCCGUACCUGGUGGGCGAGGAGGCGGCGGCGCGGGCGCGGGCGGAAAGGAUGGCGCGGGAGGAGAACUGGGGGGAGGAGGUUCUGAUCAGGGAGGAUCGAAGGUGGGAUUGGUUUUUGGCUCAGAUGAAGGACCGCGAAGAGCGCGAGCGGAGCUGGAAACGGUUCCGUCGCGAUAUUGACAGGCGGUCGAACAGCAGGCUUCCGUUCCGCAUCGGCGCCCGUUUCUAGGGGGAUGUUGGGCGUGCCUGGCGCAUAGUUUUGAAGGUUGCUGUGUUUUGGCGCCAUGUGUUGGAGGCUUCAGUUUUGCGCUGCGUUUCUAUUUACUUCUUCCACUCCUUGCAGACCGUUUCGGCCUCGGGGCUUCAUUAGGGUAUUUUGCAUUGGGCAGGAUCGGGUUUUGUAUCGGCCGGGGUGUUUUUGGAGUUCUUCAUGCUUGGGUUUCAAGAUUGCUAGGAUGAGCUUGGUUUUUGGGAGGUCCUUGCAUGUAUGGACGAUGAGACAUGUUUUGCAGCCGGUUCUACUAGCAGAGAAUGACAGCCAGCAUAUGCCACUUGAU